GCUUUUGCUGCCUCUGGGAAUGGGGAACGAUAGCCCCUUCGAAGGUGGGGGUUAGGGUUCGCUGGCAUGGCCUCUCGUUCUCGUCCUCGUCCGCCUUCUUGGGAAGAGAUGGAUCCCCGAACGCACGUCAAAAAGCUCGGGGACAAAAUGCUUCUUUUCUGCAGAGGCUGCCCUCGAUCCCAACAAACUCGCCCGGAGCACAUGACUUCCUUUACUCGCGUCUCGAUCCGGAGGGCGAAUUCUGGAUCAUCGGUGCGACGCAAAAGCUUGGUGAGUCAUUCUCGGCCACGAUCGAUGGCCUCUUGAGCGAAAGGCUGCCGAGGAGGUAGGAGUGUCGGUCGGUCAGACGGCUCGUGCUGCAAAAUGCACAGGGCUCAUAUCCAGUCUGCUGCAAAAGAGAGAAUUGUAAGUCCGCGAAAUUGGUGAGGAGAAUGUCAGAUAUUUCACGCAACGCAGCCCAAAAGCGGCUCGGUCCCGAAUGACCCUCCCCCGCCAAGCCGUCCGCACACCGUCAAUGCGCCGGUGUAAUACGACGACGAACGACCACGAGAGAGAACCGAAAGCAUGCCCCCGCCCUUAAAGCGACGACACAACUGCCCAGGAGCUGGAGAGGUCGAGGUCGUGGUCGAGGUCAUCUGGACCGCCUGGAGCCUAUCUUCUGAACCAGCCAGCACCUUUCAGCCAGCUUCACUCACCCACUACCAUCCCCUGCUGCUGCCACUUAACGACGACCCUCUGCACAUCGUGAGUCGAUCGAUCGAAUGCGUCGGCAGAUAACGAACAAACGGUGAUCGAAGUCUCGGAAGUGGGGUUCGGGCGGUGACUUUUGCCAGGGUCGUGUUUCACUCCUUCGCUCAUCGUCGUCGAUCCUCGAACCGAAGCUUCAAUUCGCUUCGCUUUUGCCAGGCCCGUGAAUAACUCACUUCAUCGUAUAACCUUCGCUUACGUCGAUCCUCGAACCGAAGCUUCACUGGUCCUUUGCCGGGGCGCUAUCAUGGUGAGCGAGGCAAGCGAGGGGUGCGGAUGUGCCGACGUUCUUACCUUAAGGGUGUACUCGUUACCACCUUUAAAUGCCGUCCUGCAAUUUCUUUGGACAUGAUGCACAACUUUGGCUCUUUACGAGCUUUGCGAGUUGUACAUGACACGGUUGUGCAGAGAAAAGCCUGAUGUUCGGGAAAAUUACAGAGAAGAUGGAAUCGCGAAACAACAGGAGUCUCAUCGAUGCCUCUUACUUUCUUGCUUUUCGUCCACCGUCUCACCCGCGCUCUGGCGAGUGGGUGUGUGCGCCCCCUCUCGCCAGGCCCCAUGGCCACGGCCCAAGAGACUGAGGCUGGGAGUUCUAAGCGCAAGUUGACCUUUCACUGUGGCUGCCACAGCAUUCAUUCACAGCAGGUCAUGGGCAUAUGGGGUCAACAGGUGAGUGAAGCCACAAGCGAGAAGCUCGAUCGUUUCGCCGGUCCUGUACAACAAUGCGAGAGUGCGAUUAUGUCCAUUUCUCUUCAAAACGCUCCGGCUUCGCGUGCCAGUGUCGUGAGAAAGACCCCACGUCGUCCUUCCUUCUUCUUCUCUCGACACGCGCACGCGAAGCAGCGAACGGGGCCAAAUUCGGAGUGGGAUGACGGUGCUCGCGUCCUCGUGAGGUUCACUUUCCGCGCGGGCCAGAGUGAAUCUUUACGUUCUGCCAGUUCUGCCUCGUCGUCGAGGUGGCCAGCGGCGACGAUCCACUGCGAAAGGGAGCUAAAUGGAAGGAGGGAAAGAUCUUGUGGCAGCGAGGCCCCAUUGUUUACUGUAUUCAAUUCGGCAAAGGGGGCUGGGGCUGGGGGAGGAGGAGGAGGAGGCCCUAGGACGGACUCGGGGCCGGGGCUCACCACGCACUGACGGCCUGCCCCUGCCCCUGCCCCCCCCUGUCCGAUAGUCAGGGCGCAGAAAGUAACCACACCUGGGGUUCUGUGGAUGGACGACUGACGGACGACUGACGGACAACUGGCGGGCGGGGGUGGGGAGUGGGGUGCGCGGCUGGGGGAAAGGAGCGAGGGACUCCACUGGCGCCGAGGAAAAUUGCAAUUGAUUGCCGUAGGGCCAAAUCGAUCGAGUGACUAGAGGUCGAAGUGAAAAUUACUGCCGGAGUUAAGAGGUCCGGAGGAAAGGGGAAGCAGGGGAGGCGGAGGAGUGGGGCUCGGGGAGGUGGGGGAAAGCGGGGCCCAGAGGUGGGGGCAUGGCAGGUAGUGCCAGGCGGGGGCCGCGGAGGUGGGGUUGUAGGUUCGGGGGAGAGGAGAGGGGCAGCCGAGGGGAGGCCCGGAGGAGGGCAACACCGUCUGCUCGCGAGCCGCAUUGAAGACGCGGGCGGAGGGACAUGUCAUGUAGUGACUUGACAUGUCAUGCCGAAUGACGCACAUGUCAGGGCAGUGCAUGUGCGCAUGGCAGGCAUACGUCAGGGCGCCGCUGCCGAUGUGCUGGCCCUCCCAUCGCAUCCGCGUCACGUGCGUGGAAACGGGACUCGCCUCACUGUAGUUACAGUGCUUCCAUUCCCAACCACUUGAUGGAAGGCCACCAUCCCUGUCACGUGACUUUACGCCUUCCCCUGCCCCCUUCCAACGGUCCCAAAUUGUCCCACCCUCCCUGCCCCUGCCCCUCCCCACCCCUCUCCCUGCAACUCCCGUUCUCAAACCUCGACAAGAUCCCCGCCGACGACUGCGUACUCCAGUCCACCGACUACGGACGCGGUAACAGCUGCGGCUCAUCGACAUGGUUCCAUCGCAUCGACGCAGUCCUCGGCGGGCCUGCCGAAUAACAGACGCGAGGCCAUCGGAUUGGACGCGUUCAAUCGCUUGCGCAUCGUGAAAAUCUGUCGAGAGUCGGUUGUGAUUACGAGUGAAUCAUAUCCGGCAGACCUCUCGAUUCCAUUGGGUUGGACUCGAAUUUCAGCUCGUAUCUCGUGGAGAGGUUUUCGAGUGGGCUAUGGAUGUGCCUCCGACGAUCAGGGCCCGUGACAAGAUCCCGCGACACAAAAUGUCAAAUUCGAUGACAUAUCUAUCGCCUCCAGGGACGAACCCUUUUGAAGUCUCCUCAUCACGUGUACCCUGAUUUUGUGCUGUGCUCGUAGGUUGUAGGCGGUGCAACGCAAGGCUAGCGGAUCGGUACAUCUGCCAUGUUUGUUUUUUUUCUGCGGUUAUUUCACAUUUCUCGUGAAAUCGAUCCCAGUGUCGGGAUCCAAUCACCGUAUGUCGCACAGUUCUUUUCCCUUCUGCUCGUAUUCUUCGGAGCUGUUACGAAUUUUCACAGAACACGAUCAUUCUAGGAAUGUGCGAUGCACAAGGUUUUCCGAUAAGUACUAUAUAUAUAUAUAUAUAUUCACUUCUGAUUGUGAAAUUCUUUCACACGGUUAGAGAAGCAUGGAGAUCUAAUAAUCUUCUUCUCGUAUUCAUUUUUU